CAGCGAUGAAAGUAACUGUUGACCGCGUAAGAUGCUCGUAUAACAGUAGUAGGUGUAUUUCACGCAGCAUACUUAUAACGACGAGCGAUAUGCUGGUGUUGCCGUGGUAGUGGUGAGUGAAGUAUGUGACAGUGUGUGUGAGUGCGAUCUAGAUCGGGAACGAUGAGUGGAUGAAAAGUGUUUUAUAAAAAAGUGCAGCAUGGCUGAAGAAAAUUUUAUAAAAGAUAAUGACGUUCCACAACUAGAGGAAUAUGACACCGGACGCACAACUCCAGCUGCAGCUGUGUUGCCCUGGGACAGAUUCUCGCGAUGGAUUCAUUGUAUAUGUGUUGUUACAUUCGAUUUGGAACUGGGACAAGCAUUAGAGAUAAUUUACCCAGGGCACAUAAAUCUCUCGGAGCAAGAAAAAUCUAAUAUUUGCUAUUUAGCAUUUCCUGACUCAAAUUCAGGAUGUAUGGGUGAUACUCAGUUCCACGUUCGCAUACGAAGAUCUGCUGGCAAUGCUGAAUUGAUGCCAGAGCAUCAGUACUACAAUCAAAAAUGCCCUGUACAUUUACAAAUCGAUCCUGGAUAUUAUUACGGCUAUGUUUACUUCCGGCAAGUGAAAGAUAAAACUCUUCCGCGUGGUUAUUUCCAAAAGAGUGUGGUUAUUGUGUCGCGUCUGUCAUUCUUGAGCCUCUUCACUGAAGUGUGUUCUUUGAUCGCCCCUGAAUAUUUUGAAAAUGGUGAGCCAAGUAUAGAAGCUGCGUGCCAUGAUAUAGACCAGUGGCCAAGUCCUGUCCCUGGAGAAAACGUUAAUCUGCCACUGUUUGGAACAGUGCUUCAGGCUUAUAUUCCUGUUCAAAGCAAAAAGCCAUGCAGUGUAGUUCCAUCAGGCUCACCUCCAAGAAUGAAUUCAUUAGUGCAGCCCCCACCGACUGUCCUCCGCUCUAUUCAUGAAGUAAACUUAUUCCGAUGUUUUUCACCUGUUGUCUCACAUGUACUCCUCUUAUGGGAAUUAGUACUUACUGGUGAGCCAAUUGUGGUAAUGGCUUCAUCUCCCUCUACAUGUUCAGAAAUGGUGCAAGCUCUUGUAAGCAUGAUUGCACCACUGACAUAUUGUGGUGAUUAUCGACCAUACUUCACUAUCCAUGACAGUGAGUUCAAAGAAUAUACUACUAAAGCUCAUGCUCCUCCAUAUGUCAUUCUUGGUGUGACAAAUCCAUUCUUUGCAAAAACACUGCAGCACUGGCCACACAUAAUUAGAAUAUGUGAGCCAUCCAAUACAGAGACUGUGCAGAAACACAAGUUGAAGAAAGGUGGCAAUAUAAAGAUGCUGGAUUCAAAGCCUGGUGUUUAUACCCACUAUCGGCCAUUUCUCCACAAAGAUAAGUUGAUUCUGAAGAAACUUAUGAAAGGUAUUCAGACAAAACGACCAGGGGAGGUACAAACAGCUUUGCUUAAAAGGCAUCUUCUUGAAGUUACACAAAGUUUCAUGAUCCCUUUAGAGAGAUAUAUGGCCAGCCUCAUGCCACUUCAGAAAAAUAUAUCUCCUUUCAAGGCUGCACCCACACCGAGACCUUUCAACCAGGAGGAGUUUCUGGCAACCCUUGGGACUUCAGGACCUCAACUUACCUCCAUCAUCAAAGGAGACUGGGUAGGCCUGUAUCGCCGGUUCUUCCGCUCACCAAAUUUCAAUGGCUGGUAUAAUAUGCGACAUCGAGAAGUGAGUCAGAAACUACAAGCGCUGCAACUUCAAGCAUUAUCACGUGCUGAUCUGAAGAUGUGGGUGAAAGGCAGACAAGAAGUGGAAAUUGUUGAUAUGAUCUUGAGGAUUCGCCAGAAGCUAGAACAGUGUAAAGCGAAUGAUCUUCCUCUAAGUGAUGAUGUACAAGAACAGCUGCGGUACAGAAUGUCUGAGAUCAUGUGUACACUACCUGAGGAUCUGAAGGCUGUGUUGAAAGUGAGCUGAUGGUGUCUUGAUCUGUUUCAGUACAAAGUUUGUAAUCUUCCAAAACUUCUACUGUGCCUCACUGACUAGAGAAGCACAUUAAAUGUGACUCAUUGGAGGAAUGCAAUCUCUCUUGGUAAACUGAUAAUAAUGGUGCCUUGAAAAUCUCUCCAGUGUCUAUGUGUCCAUAAGAGGCUUGAAGAAAAUAGUUAUUUUAUUUCACAAAUCCUACCAUUUUUGUAGGUUGAAGUAUUGUGUGUGUGAAUGUAAUUGUAUGUUAUGGAUGUUACUCUUUCUGUGUUUCUUCCAAAACUUAAAUAGCUCUGUGUGUGGAACAUGGAGUUACAGUUUUAGCUGGUCCCUGUGUUUACCCUUUUGACCAACAAGCUUGCCUACAUCAAAUGUGAGAGCAACAGUGAAUGAGAUGUUUAUCUGUCCAACACUCUUUUUAAUGUAGAAGUAAGUUAAAAAAGGUAAUUUUUUUACGUGUUGACUGUCCUAACAGUAGCAUCAAAUGAAACAUGGUGUAUGAUGUAAGUAACUACCUAGGAGGAAGUGAAAUUUGACAUGUAUCACUGUAUGCAAUUUGCUUCUUCUACUUUUAUUUUUUCAGGACUAGACCAUUGUAAAUGAAACCCAUUAGAUGUUGUUCUGUGUGUAGAAAAUGAGUGUACAAUUAUCAGCCUGCAUUAAUUGUAGUUAUUCAUAGUCAAGUUUCACUUCGGUGUUUCUUCCAGUCAGCAUCUGAACAUAUCUCAUGUUGUUAAAUUUAUUAUGCAGUGGUAAAAGAGAAAAACGUUUGUGUGUAGUGUAACUGAGACACAGUACUGUACUGUGUGGAAAACUGUUUCAUUAUGUUUCUGGAAUCAAGUAUAUCAGAUCAGUGAGCCAAGAUUUCUAGUUAUCCACUAGAACCCAUAUUAAGCUUGCAAUUGGUUGGAAGUAUGUCCAGUUUUUGAAGUAACUCGAAGUACAGUUAUCACAAAAUCAUCUGAAAUAGUUGAUUGCUGGAAAGUAUCGUGAAAAACCACGUAACUAAAAAAGAGACUUAGUGCAUUUUGUGUGUGUUAAUGUCAGUGUUACGUUAUGCCAGCGUAUUUAUAGAUGUGAAUGAACAAGGCCUAACAGGGAACUCAUUGGAAAGGCUAGUGAAAAACAGGAUGAUGAAUUUUGGUGAUUGAAUAUAUUUUUGAUCAAUCAUAUAAGUCAGAUAAAUGUACCUAUGGCCUGAGUGACUGCCUAACUUUUAAAAAGCUGAAAUGUUCAGGGAAUGUUUGCUUCAACUAACCACACUAUAGAGUGGUGUUUGUGUCCAGGGCUUUGGCCAACUGUGUGUCUCAGAAUAUAGUUCAAUAUGUUUGUGUGUGUAUAUGUGUGUGUGUUUAUUAAACAUAAUUAAUGACAUAGAGAGUGAUCAGCAUAGACACAUUAAAAAUUACAAAGUAAAUUCUCAGAGUAAAUCUCCUUCAUGUGGUUGAAGUGAUAUAAAACAAGAGUGUGGUUAUGAAAUUGGUCAACUAUAAAGCAUCACCCAGUGUCACUUUAAAUGGGGAACUGAUGCUUCAGGGCCUGUAAGUGAAUGCAGUGAUACAUAAACCCUCAGGGAAGAAACUUAUAAGGAAUCUGAAAUGAGGAAGCUGGAGUCAGAUCACUGAGAAAGAAAACAGAACAAAGAAGCAGAAAAGAACAGGAAAAGCAGAAAACAUGAAAAAAUAUCACAGUGGUGUUUUCUAUUGUGUAUUGUGAAGAAAAUUUAUAACCAUUACUGAAAUGUACAGCAUGGUGUAUAGUAUCGUUUGACCAUUGUGAUUUAACCAGAAACUAUGGCUUGUAAUUUAAUUGUAGACUCUAUAGUAAAAUGGAGCAGGUAAACUUUUUAGAAAAGUGAAUUUAA